ACACAUCUUCCUGUUUUGUGAUCGUGUGAAUCAUUUUGAUAAAACAAUGAAGUAGACGGAUAUUAGAGAUUUGUAUACCAACCUCAAGUCGAAGAGGACAUUUGGUCAUUUGAAAGUGAAGAGAUUAGAGUACAUCUAGACUUGUUUGGUGCUAUAUACUGUAGCAAAGCAGCGAUGAGUGGGUUUUUAGUGCAGCAGAAAGACCUGUUGCUCAGCAGUGGAGUCUGUCUGGUCUUUCUGAGGAAGCUCUGUGGUUGAGGUGGCUGCUGCUGAGUGGAGCGGUGCUACAGACACGCUCUUCCCCAUCACUUUCAUUGGGCUUCACUGAACUGAACACUACAUCUCAGUGGCUGAAUACAGCCUAGAACUUAAACGUGAGCAUAUAGAUAGAUUUUUACUGUAAUGAUACAUGAUUUGAGCUUCCUGUUCAAUUUUCAUUAGUUUAUUACAUAGUUGGAGAUUCAGGAGUAAAGUUUACAUUUUGGCAUAUCAUAUUUUGAUAUUCAUUUUUGUUUGAAUUAAUUUAGAAUUUGAGCCUGAAUGUAUUUGUUCAGCCUAUUUGCUUGAUGUGAAAGGUUGACAUUUGUAUGCCUUUUAAAGAACCUUAUCUGGUGACUUGACUGAAGACAUCAUCUUCAAGAGGGCUAGCUGCAGAGAUUUGUCAUUCCUCUUUUAUUAGUGAGGAGGGGGGGCUCUCCCCCUCUGCGCCACAAAGCAGGUAGCCCCUGCUUGGGCACGACCCUGGUGCCAGUAGGUCCCUCAGAAACAGACAAGAGGCAGGGGGGUACCUUUCAGGGACAGCCGUCACCUAAGAGUGCAGUGUCUCUAGUGAUGCACAAUGAGGCCUACCCACCACAGCCCUCUCCACCUCCAGCCCUCCACCCUGCCUCACAUAGUCCCCCUUUCCUUCACCCCACCAGUCCCAUGUCUUCAGAUGGUAGAGCUGCGCUGCACCACCACUCUUCCUCCCAGUUGAACCCUGGCAGCCCUGCUGAGGAGGUGGGCUCUCCCCUCCUGGGAGAGACCCGACACAGAGACUGUCCCCAGAUCAGUGACCACAGGGCCACUGGGACUGAAUGUCCACUGUUUGGAAAGAGUUUCUUUUCUUUCUCCAGUCUGGAGUCCCACGUCCACAAGUCCCAUGUUGGCAGACACAAGCAGUCAUCAUCAGCACACAACAAGACUAACAGUCAGCCGUAUGGCUAUAGGCCAGACCUGGGUUUGAGCUACAGGGUCAAGGACCGUACGUAUGGCUGUAAGGUGUGUGGGAAAGUGUUCAAGCGCUCCUCUACCCUGUCCACUCACCUGCUAAUCCACUCUGACACGCGCCCCUACCCCUGUCAAUACUGUGGCAAAAGAUUUCACCAGAAAUCUGAUAUGAAAAAACACACCUUCAUUCACACAGGUGAGAAGCCUCAUGUGUGCCAGGUGUGUGGCAAAGCCUUCAGCCAGAGCUCCAACCUCAUCACCCACAGUCGUCAGCACAGUCGCAACCAGCCCUACCGCUGCCUCUAUGGCUUCCAGUGCAAACAAGGACCUGAGACAAAACCAGGAGAACCACCGUACAUAGACCUUUAGGCCAAGACCCUGGCUAAGAACUGAUCUGAGCUCAGUUUUCACAAUCAGGAGAACCACUGUACAUAGAUAGCAACUCAAACACCCUCACAUGGUCAUAGCUGACCCCAGAUAAUGUUUUCAUUAUAAGGGGCACCACUGCACAAGCAAACCAGAAGCUGGGGAUGGAUGGAAGAAGGGAUGGAUGCUCCACAAAAAAUUCUAACAAACAUUUACAGUUGAAGUCGGAACUUUACAUGCACCUAGGUUGGAUUCAUUACAACUCGUUUUUCAACCACUCCACAAAUGUAUUGUUAACAAACUAUAGUUUUGUCGGUUCGGACAUCUACUUUGUGCAUGACACAAGUAAUUUGUCCAACAAUUGUUAACAGACAGAUUAUUUCACAUUGAAUUCACUGUAUCACAAUUCCAGUGGGUCAGAAGUUUACAUACACUAAGUUACCAGUGCCUUUAAACAGCUUGGAA